AUGUCUAUUUUCUCAUGUGAACUUGUUCUCUUCUACUGGGCCCCCAACUACGUAGGUGCUGAGGAGGCUGCCGCUGGUGCCAAUGGUCGUGCGCUCGCUUCAGGCUUCGGGAAGCGAUUCGUCAACCAGAUCUGGGCCGCACGAGAUCCCGCGGAGCGCGUCGCCGCCGUCGCCUCGCUGCCAUCGCUUUCUUACAGCGAGAGGAGAGUGCACGUAUCGUCGUCGUACGAUAAGAACGUGGAGGAGCUGGAGGAGGCGCGCGUGCCGGACCAUGUGAUCGACGCCAAGUCCGACAAGUACUGGGGACCCCACCCCACCACCGGCGUCUUCGGCCCCGCCGACGAGAGCGGCGCCUCCGUUAACGGCGGCGGAAAGGCAGCGACUGCCCCUGUAAGCGGCCCGUCCGCCCUGGACCAAACCGUGUGGUUUCGUCCCCUAGAGGACGUCGACAAGCCACCCAACGCCUGA